CGAGGAGGGAGUCGAUCAACAUGUCAGCGAGUCCUCGGAGUCAUCCCGCAAACCAACUCGAGUAGCUAUAAAACCCCCACCCUCAUUCUCUUCUCCCUCUUUCCCAUCAACAGCUUGGAAUAACCAAUGAACCUAGACACACAUACAACGAUGCCUGCCUCUGAAAACCAGUCCACCGCCUCUAUCCGAGACGAAAUCUUUGACGAGGACCCUGCUAUCUUGACGCAGGAUGAGAAGGACGCCAUCGCUGGCGCAUUUGGCAAUGGUCCUGCCGAGGGAACCGAGGCAGACGAUGGCACCCAGAACGGUGGAACUGAAGCGUCUCAGAGCGGUGGCCAGUGAGCUACC